AUGGCUGCAAAUUACGACGAAAAGCUUCUUCUCAACUAUGUUCCGGUCUACAUUAUGCUUCCGUUGGGAGUGGUGAAUGUGGAAAACGUAUUCACUGAUCCAGAAACGCUUGAGACGCAGCUCAAGCGUUUGAAAGAGGAAGCUGGCAUUGAUGGUGUUAUGGUCGAUGUGUGGUGGGGAAUCAUAGAAUCCAAAGGCCCUAAACAAUAUGACUGGACCGCAUACAAAACGCUAUUCCAACUAAUCGCACGUUUGGGACUCAAAAUCCAAGCAAUCAUGUCAUUUCAUCAAUGCGGUGGAAACGUUGGCGACGUUGUCACAAUCCCCAUCCCCCAAUGGGUUCGCGAUGUCGGCGAUAGCGAUCCGGAUAUCUUUUACACUAACCGUAAAGGAAUAAGAGACAUCGAGUAUCUCUCAAUUGGCGUUGACAAUCUUCCUCUCUUUGCCGGAAGAACCGCUGUUCAGAUGUACAGUGAUUACAUGAGGAGCUUCAAAGAAAACAUGUUGGAUCUUUUAGAAGCCGGUGUGAUUGUUGACAUCGAAGUCGGACUUGGUCCUGCCGGAGAACUUCGUUACCCUUCUUACCCAGAAAGCCAAGGUUGGGUAUUUCCCGGCAUCGGAGAAUUUCAGUGUUAUGACAAGUACCUGAAGAAAGAUUUCAAGGAAGCGGCGGCGAAAGCAGGCCAACCUGAGUGGGAUUUGCCAGUAGACGCCGGAGAAUACAACAACAAACCGGAGGAAACUGGAUUUUUCAAGCGUAAUGGGACAUAUGUGUCGGAGGAGGGCAAGUUUUUCUUAACAUGGUAUUCGAACAAACUCAUCUUUCACGGAGAUCAGAUCAUAGGGGAAGCCAACAAGAUCUUUGUUGGUCUUAAAGUUAACUUAGCUGCCAAGGUUUCGGGGAUUCACUGGUUGUACAACCAUCACAGCCACGCGGCGGAGCUAACUGCCGGAUAUUACAACCUUUUCAAGAGAGAUGGUUACCGUCCGAUCGCUCGUAUGCUCUCAAAACACUAUGGCAUUCUCAAUUUUACUUGCCUUGAGAUGAAAGAUACCGACAAUACAGCUGAAGCCCUAAGUGCUCCUCAAGAGCUUGUUCAACAGGUAUUGAGUCAAGCAUGGAAAGAAGGCAUAGAAGUUGCGGGUGAGAACGCAUUGGAAACCUAUGGAACCAAAGGUUACAACCAGAUUCUUCUCAACGCGAGGCCUAAUGGGGUUAACCGGAACGGUAAACCGAAGCUGAGAAUGUACGGAUUUACUUACCUUAGGUUAUCCGAUACGGUCUUUCAAGAAAACAACUACGAGCUGUUCAAGAAGUUUGUGAGGAAAAUGCAUGCUGAUCAAGAUUACUGUGGAGACGCAGAGAAGUAUGGUCAUGAGAUUGUGCCUUUGAAAACGCCGAAUUCGCAGUUCACGGUUGAGGAUAUUGUCGACGCGUCGCAGCCAAGUGGAGCAUUCAAGUGGGACUCUGAGACUGACAUGAAGGUCGAUGGUUGA